AUGGAUAGAUCUCCUUUUAUUCUUAUUCUUUCUCUUGUAGUUAAUAUUCCUGCUAAUGCUAAAUGGACACAGAACGGAGUGACUAUUGCUGGAGGUCACGGGCAAUGGAAUGCCAAUAAUCAACUCAACUGGCCUUAUGAUCUCUUCGUUGAUGAUGAUCAAACAGCGGUUAUUGCUGACUACGGGAAUCAUCGUAUCAUGCAAUGGAAGAAAGGUGAUACAACGAAUGGACAAGUUGUUGUUGGUGGUAAAGGCACAGGAAAUGGAUUACAUCAAUUGAAUUUUCCAACUGAUGUAUUACUUGACAAAGAGACGGAUAGUCUCCUUAUUUGUGAUUGGGGGAAUCGACGAGUUCUACGAUGGUCUCGUCGUAGUGGUACAACACAAGGUGAAAUACUCAUCGACAAAAUCGCCUGUUGGGGAUUGGCAAUGAAUGAGCAGAGAUAUCUCUACGUCUCUGAUAUCCAAAAACAUGAAGUAAGACGAUAUCAAUUCGGUGAGAAUAAUUACACUCUCGUAGCUGGUGGUCAUGGUAAAGGUGAUGGACUCAAUCAACUCAACUGGCCGAGAUAUCUCUUUGUCGACCGAGAUCAUUCAGUGUACGUAUCAGACAGAGACAAUCAUCGUGUAAUGAAAUGGGUGGAAGGUGCAAAAGAAGGUAUUGUGGUCGCUGGAGGACAACACGCAGGGUAUGCUCUGACACAACUGUAUCAUCCUGAAGGAAUCUUCGUUGAUACGUUGGGUACAGUCUAUGUAGCAGACUCGUGGAAUCAUCGUGUAAUGCGUUGGACUCAAGGAGACAAGAAACAAGGCACUGUAAUUGCAGGUGGAAAUGGUCAAGGAGAAGGAGCAAAUCAGUUCCACUAUCCCGUUGGUUUCUCUUUCGAUCGACAAGGUAAUCUCUAUGUCGCCGAUUUGUAUAAUCAUCGUGUUCAACGAUUUUCUAUUGAAUAA